AUGCAAUGCCAUUCUCGGCUUUGCAUCACCAGCCUUCUUGCUCCUUUCUCUGCAGGCCAUGCAUUCAUUGUCACCACAUCCCUCGCAUUCAUGCUGACUUUACUGGGCAAAACUGGCCAUCUCGACAACCUGCAUCGGACUCGUCGUGACAAUCUGUGCCAAAGUACACGCAACUCCACCAAAUACGACUGCUACCAGACUUCACAUUCUACACGUCUCUGCUUGGUUAUGCUCGGUUAUGGUCACAUUAAUCCGGCCAAGCCAGUCUCUUCCGGAGGUGCCUGA